AUGGGCAUCAAUGUCGCACCAACCAUCGCGAAUUUUGUCACCAAUGAGAUCAUCGAACAAGUGCUUGACAACCUCGAUUGGACACCAAAAAUGCUAAUGAAAUAUGUCGAUGACAUUUUCAAAAUCGUUUUUACGGUCGAAAAAGAAACAAAUGGAACCCUCCCGUACCUUGAUUUGCUGAUUCAACGCGGCGACAACAACGACAUCAAAGUUGAUUGGUACCAGAAACCAACAGCCGCAAAUCGCAUUUUGAAUUUUCAAUCCCAACACCCUUUGAAACAAAAGGAAGCAGUUGCAUAUGGUUACUUCCGUCGAGUUUUAUCGAUUGUGGACGACGAAUUCAAGCAAAAAAACAUCGAAAAAAUCAUCAGCAUCCUACGUGAGAACGCAUAUCCAAUGCGUGUAAUCAAAGCACAACUCAACAAGUUCAUUCGGAAUCAGAACCGACCGCCGCAAACGCCAUCACAGCGAACAUCGGAACCAAUUCGACGAAAAAGAUUUUCGUAUUUCCCGGUGAUUUCUGAAGACAUUAAACAAGUGUUUAAAGGGAAGAACGAACACUUAGAGCUCGCAUUCAAACCGAUGAAUCAAUUGGGCGAGACGGUGUUCACAAAACUCAAACAAAAAAUUGAAACACCCGACCAAAUAAACGCUGUCUACAAAAUCCCCUGCGGUGGAAAAGAGAAUGAACCGUGCUCAAAGAGCUACGUCGGACAAACAAAAAAUCGCGUUCGAGUCCGUAUGUAUGCAUACAAAACGAGCACCAAGCACGUAACACCCAAUUACGUUAAACCCGUUGCGCCCGAUGAGAAAAGUGAUGACAACAAAACAGCACUACCGAUCCAUGCGGAAAAUACCGGCCACCAACUGGAUUUUGUGAAUGUUUCAAUUCUUGAUACUGAGCAAUUUUUAUCAAGGCGACUAGUUAACGAAAGUCUUCAUAUUUAUUGCAACGAUUCAAUGAAUUUACGAAGAGAUGUUCAAGGCAUCUCAAAAACAUACGCAUCGGUACUUCAAAGUGUUAAAGCCCGAAACAAACAAUCUCAACGGCGAAAUGUCAAAAGUAAUGCGGCGAAUCCAAUGACAGUCACACAACCGAUAGACGAAGAAGAAGGAGAAUGA